AUGAUAUUAAUGUCCUUACGUGGAUUUUACUUUAGAGUGACUGUGUCGGCUUACACCCUCGGUUUCGAUCUACCGCGUUGCCGCUGGGACGACGGUUGCGAGGCUGCCGGCGACGGCGGCGCAUACCAACGGCGAAGGGAGGCGCCUGAUUUCGACGAAUUGUACUUUCCGGUGAGAAAUUUAGGGCUUGCUAAGGCGGGUUGGGGUCGGGAUGGGCGGCGCAUUGCUGAGGACGUCGGCGACUACCAUAUUUGCGCCGCCUGGCCUGAAGAACAAACCUUAGGCGAUUUCAGGCCACGGCACAACGAAGGCAAGACGGAGGACGUGCAGCGGACUAAGAAAUUGACGGCCGACGUGCCGCUGACGGAUGGCCAGAUGGCCCUGGGCGCGACCGACGAGGGACCGACGCUGGAUUGGCAGAGGUGCAGCGAUGGGAUUAGAGAGAUGGAGAUUACCAGGACUGUAUACUAUUCCUUUACAAAACGUUGA